CUGCCCCUUCUUCUUCUUCUUACGCGGCCCCGCCGCCAGUUCUUCGGCACCCCCGAGAGUAUUCUGAGUCUCUCUCUCUCUCCCCCACCAUCCUCCCUCCUUCUCCUCCUUCUUCUUCUCGGAAAGCGCGCGGGGUUUUCCUGGCAGGUGGCGUCGCGCUGCGCUUUCUCCUCUUCACCUGUGUUGGGCUUUUUCUACUUUUUCUUUUUUUUUUCUUUUAGGCGUCCAGGACCUCCGCUCCCUUCGCUGCCAUGCCUCCGAUACAUUCAGAACUUAAACUGGGCAAAAAAGUAAAUGAGGGAAAAACAAAAGAAGUUUACGAAUUGCCAAAUUACCCAGGAUGUGUCCUGCUGCAAUCAAAAGACCAAAUAACUGCUGGAAAUGCAGCUAGAAAGAACAUCAUGGAAGGGAAAGCUGCAAUCUCAAAUACAACAACAUCUUGUGUGUUCCAGUUGCUUCAAGAAUCUGGCAUCAAAACUGCUUUUGUGAGAAAAUGCAGCGAAACCGCAUUUAUGGCUGCUCACUGCGAAAUGAUUCCGAUUGAAUGGGUUUGUAGGAGAAUCGCCACUGGUUCCUUUCUGAAGAGAAAUCCUGGUGUUGAAGAGGGCUACAAAUUUUAUCCACCUAAAAUUGAGAUGUUUUAUAAGGAUGAUGCAGCAAAUGAUCCACAAUGGUCUGAAGAGCAAAUUAUUGAAGUUAAGUUUAAGCUUGCUGGCCUUGAAAUUGGACAAACAGAAGUAGACAUCAUGGCUCAGUCCACCCGAGCUAUUUUUGAAAUACUUGAAAAAGCAUGGCAGCCCCAGAAUUGUACGCUGGUGGAUUUGAAAGUUGAGUUUGGUGUUAAUGUAGCCACGAAAGAAAUUGUCCUUGCUGAUGUCAUUGAUAAUGAUUCUUGGAGGCUGUGGCCAUCUGGAGAUAGAAAACAACAAAAGGACAAACAGUCUUACCGUGACCUCAAAGAAGUGACACCUGAAGCACUGCAAGUGGUGAAAAGAAACUUUGAAUGGGUGGCUGAAAGAGUGGAGCUGUUAUUGAAACCACAAACGACACAAGGCAGAGUAGUUGUCCUCAUGGGUUCCACUUCUGAUCUUAGUCACUGUGAAAAAAUUAAAAAGGCAUGUGGCAAUUACGGUGUGCCUUGUGAAUUACGAGUGACCUCUGCUCACAAAGGACCAGAUGAAACACUGAGGAUCAAAGCUGAAUAUGAAGGGGAUGGGGUUCCCACAGUGUUCGUUGCAGUGGCUGGGAGAAGCAAUGGCUUGGGACCCGUGUUAUCCGGAAACACUGCUUAUCCAGUUGUCAAUUGUCCUCCUCUCUCAGCUGAUUGGGGUGCCCAGGAUAUAUGGUCAUCCCUGAGAAUGCCUACUGGUCUUGGAUGUUCCACAAUUCUUUCACCUGAAGCUGCUGCCCAAUUUGCUGCUCAAAUUUUUGGGUUGAAUGACCACUGUGUAUGGGCCAAACUGCGAUCCAACAUUCUGAAUACAUGGAUCUCCCUAAAACAGGCUGACAAAAAGAUGAGAGAAUAUACUUUAUAGAUGAAUUCUUAAACCACCGUUUCAUUUCACCUUCCAGAAUUGGAUGGCAUAUCAUUCCUAGUAUAAGUAUUAAUGGGAAACUGUUCCUAAUCUAUUUUAUGAUAAAGAGUGUACAGGUGCCCUCUUGUGUUCUAAGAUAUUGUAGACAACUAAUCUUGUAUUUUCUAGCACAGUGUAACUUGAAAGCAGAGUUAUGUGCAUUGAGGUAGAAUAUAUCUUACUGAUCCCAUCAUGACUGGUUAUUAAAGAGAAAUAUUACCUGUGUUGACUUGUAACCCUGUACAGAAUAUGCCCAUAUGGUGAUUCUCCUGAAAUUUAUAUUAAAGCUAUCAGUGCCAUUAAUAAA